ACACAUUAACAACAGAAAGUCUGUCAUUUUCUAUGCCAUGAAAGAUGAAAGCCAGCUCUAUUCUAUCAUCUAACAAUGAAUAAACCUCUGAAAUCUUAUUCAACUAACUCAGCAAUUAUCCUUACACAAUGAAAUCAUAGAAUGUAGAAAGAUUGUUAAGGUUUACUGUUUACCCCUUCGGUAAAUGCCUUAAGAGAUGUGUGGGUGGAAGCUAUUUCCCUCUUUCAUCUGGUAGAGUUGAGAAGCCAGGUAUCACUUCAGUCUUCACAUUUUAGCACCAUGGCGAUGAGAAUGGUAGAACUUCUACUUGUCACUGUUAUCAUAGGUUGUUUCUUGACAUCGUCUAUGGCUUCAGGUGUCAAGUGUAGCUCAAACUGCCUAAUAAUGCAUCCUCAACAAUGCUUCUGUGAUGAUGACACGGUCCUGAAGGUGAAAGUCACAUCCCGUGACUAUGUAAACACUGAGAAUGAGAUAGUGAUGCAUGCUUACAGUGUGUUUGCUCGCUACCAGGCAAGGGUUCUUGCUUCAUUUAAGGAGUCAACAUUUGCCAAAGAUGAUGAUGAUAUCUUCUUUUACUCUCCAACUUUUGAUUGCACCAUACCUCAACUGGAUCUCAAAGAGAUAUAUGUCAUAGGAGGAAAGGUCAUAGAUGAACUGCUAAUUAUUAGCUCAUGUGAUGGUAUCGCCAUGAAAUAUGACAACUUAACAGUAGAUCAGCGAAGGGGAUUCAAGAAUAGAUAUAAGGACCAAUGUGAUUUCUGUACGGUAAGAACAUCUUUCCAAUUUUGCACUUGUAUGUGAUAAAACUGCUCAUAU